UCAUGUUUACAUUUACAGAAUACGUCAAGCCAAGAAGACGACAACAACAAAAACAACAACAACAGGAGCAACAUUACAUAAAGCCGCUCGGUCGGUUUGACGGCACCGGGAAAAAAAACACGCUAACGAUUCCAAAAGGCAGACGGCGCACGAGGUAGAGAUGUGGCUUAUUGGUCUGUCCACUGUGGGGUGUGACCGCGUCUCAAAGGGCUCUUGAGUUCUGUGUGUGGAGGACGGACAGGAGGACGGACGGGACGCCAUCUUCCAACACCCUCGUCCUCGCAGAUGUAGGCUUUACAGUGCAGGAUGGGUCUACCUGUGGACAGUCCAGACAGAAAGGACGAUGCACUUCACCAUGAGCAGCAGGGAGAGGGAGAGCGUGGGGAAAGCCAGGCGGAAGCUCGCCCUUUCGCUCCGUCGCCCGUCAACCACAAGAAGAGAAGGAAAAGCAAGAAGAGGUACUUACAUAAGUGCUGGAUCCCCUCCAUCAGUACGUGUAGCUGCAGGGACUUUUCCUCCGAGCUCCCAGACGGCUGUGACUCUGCAGCCGGUUCUGGAGGCUGUUAGAUUCUAGUUUCCUCACUGGUCCUCGUGGCGGAUGAAGGGGGGAGGAGCGGGACGAGGCGCUUGUGGGACCUCAGAGCAAAGCAGAUGUCUGUCCCUCUUUCUCUGUCUCUUCUUUUCCAGAUGACUGUGGAUCAACCUCACCAACUGCAAAUAUGAAAGUGUGCGCCGUGCUGCUGGCCUCUUCGGCCUCAGAGAGGCGCCGGAGGGGGGCGACUGGACUCUCUUCUGGACCGACUGCUCCGUGUCUCUGGACCGCGUUAAGGACAUGAAGCUUUACCAGAAAAUAAACCACUUCCCCGGGAUGAGUGAGAUCUGCCGCAAGGAUUUACUGGCGAGGAACAUGAACCGCAUGCUGAAGCUCUUCCCCCGAGACUACAACAUCUUCCCCAGGACGUGGUGCCUUCCUGCCGAUUACAGCGACUUACAAGCUUUCACCAGGGCCAAAAAGAGCAAGACGUACAUCUGUAAGCCGGAUAGUGGGUGCCAAGGCAAAGGCAUCGUCAUCACCAAGGCAAUUAAAGACAUUCAACCCGGGGAGCACAUGAUCUGCCAGGUUUACAUCUCCAGGCCUUUUAUAAUUGAUGGAUACAAGUUCGACCUGCGUAUCUACGUGCUGGUGACGUCAUGUGACCCACUCAGCAUAUUCAUGUUCGAGGAGGGAUUGGCUCGCUUCUGCACCUCCAAGUACAACGAACCGACACAAGGGAAUGUGGAUGACGUGUGCAUGCAUCUCACCAACUACUCCAUCAACAAGAACAGCGAGAACUUUGUCCGUAACGAGGACACCGGCAGCAAGCGAAAGCUGUCCACCCUGAACAAGCUCCUUGAGUCCAUCACCGGCAACACGGACAAGAUGUGGAACGACAUCGAGGACGUGAUCGUGAAGACUCUGAUCUCCGCUCACCCGACCCUCAAGCACAACUACCACACCUGCUUCCCCAACCACACCACGGGCAGCGCCUGCUUCGAGAUCCUGGGCUUCGACGUGCUGCUGGAUCACCGGCUCAGACCCUGGGUCCUGGAGGUGAAUCACUCCCCCAGCUUUACCACGGACUCACCGCUGGACCGCGAGGUGAAGGACGCCUUGCUCUACGACACGCUGGUCCUCAUCAACCUGGGCGCCUGUGACCGCCGCAAGAUCACCAAGGAGGAGAGGCGCAGGGUGAAGGACCGGCUGCAGCAAAUCAGCACCAGAGAGGCCAGGUCGGAGGAGCUGCGUCAGUGCCAGGCGGCCACGCUGGAGCAGAUGCAGCGGUACGAGGCCAAACACCUGGGGGGCUUCCGGAGGAUCUACCCCAGGGAGGGCGGGGAGAAAUACGACAAGUACUUCAAACACAGCAGCUCGCUCUUCCAGGAGACCGCGGCGUCCAAGGCCCGAGAGGAGUGUGCCAGGCAUCAGCUACAGGAGCUGCGUCUGAAGCAGGAGCAAAAGGAGAGAGACCAGAGGGGAGGCCGGAGGAGGGACCUGCAGGGGGAGACUGCGGGGGAGCGAGUCAAACCUCGAGAAGCACAAACACAAGCCCCUCCCACCGCCAACUGUGACGUCGACCCGCAGCCGCAUCCUCCGCCCAGUGUGCCGCAGCAUCCCGAAGCUGCAGAGGUCCAAGAGGACAAGCAGGAGCAGCGGGACGAGGAGGUGAAGGAGGAGGCGGUGGAGGAGGAGGAGAAAGAAGAAGAAGGUGAAGAAGAAGAAGAAGAAGGUGAGGCGGAGGAGCGCGAGCGGCUCAACGCGCUCCUCCAGAGGAAGAAACUGCUGCAGGACCUUGGCGUGGUGGACCAGAUCCAGCAGCUGCUGCAGGGCCGGAGGGGUGGAGGGGUCGUCCCGAAGGAGGCCUGCGCCCCGCAGCGGAGUCAACGGCCCCAUCGGACGCGGCAGUUGGACUCUUUGACGGAGUUCUACCAGGGAAGGAAGCAGCAGCAGCAGCAGCAGCAGCAGCAGCACUCCCUGCAGCACGUCCACUCGCACAUGACUCAGCGCCUGCUGAGGGCCACGAUGGACAAGAGGAACCUGUGGGAGCCCGAGGGCCACAGCAGGACCUUUGGAGUCCAGCGGACUCACUGGGCAGUCCACGGCCCCCCCGCCCUGCGGCAGGACACCAGGAGCAGCUCCUACCGGGACCCCCCGUCACGCCCCAGCAUCCCCACCCUGCACCCCAUACCCAGGGGCCCUCGCUCCCACGACCCCGCGGUCCUGCAGGGCCUGCUCGUCAUUUCCACUCCGGCCCCCCUGUUUAGGAGGCCUGGCUUCUCUCACAUGGGCCGCAGCUCCUGCCGCAGCAGGGCCCCCCCCACCCAGCGGCAGCAGGGUGAAGGCCAGUGAGCUGCAGACGCAAAGGAGACCUGGAGGUGGAGAGGUUUUAAGCUGUGAACGUACACAAACACACUGUGCCGAGUUGAGGAAUCUCAAUCUUUGAUAGACUUUUAUAUCUGGACUCAUGCAGUUUAUGCUGUUUGCCACUUUCAUGGACCUCCAGCCCCCCAGGGGAAAAGUACAUUAUGGUGUGUUUGUGCUCACAUAUGUGUAAUAUAUUUGCUCUGCAGGGAUGAAUCAUUUCCAACAAACCUUACCUACAGUGCCAAAAUAAAGUCAGACAAGUCUGAUUUAACACUUUGAGUUGUGUAAAAACCAGAUCCUCUCCAGGAAAUAUCAUAAACUCACAGAUUACUGCGAGUUAAUAUAACUUGAUGAAUAUUAAAGUAUUAGUUCUGUUUUUUUUAACCCUAGGAAACAACUGAAGAAUAUUCUCACAGGAAUUUCAGUCAAGUAUUACAAAUAUUUUCUUAUUUUUUUUUGCAGUGAGGUUAUUUUUUUUAAAUCUGAUUUUUUUAUUCAAUUGUUUGAAAAUGUUGCAUAUUUAGAAUAUACAUUUCUUAUUUUUUUUUUAUAGUCGCUUGAAAGAAUAUUAUCUUUUUGUUUGUUAUUACUGUGUUAUAUAUUUUAUCCUCUAUGUGUGGAUUCACUUUGAAGCGUUUUUGGUGAGCUAAAGAGGCCAUAAAGUUUUACAACAUCUCUGCAUC